UUAAUCAACACUGCGCCUUCGGCCACACUGGUCGUGACGGAAAUUUCUGAAAUUAAUUUAUUUUAAAUUGACUUUUAAGCGUGAUCGUUCGCCGAAAAAGUCGGCUAAAGUGAAAAGCAAUAGAAAAAAUUUAAAAAAAUUGCUAUUAGCGCAGUAGUCAACUACAAUUACUCUAGUUAACGCAGUUUUAGCCAACUUCCUAUUUUUUUUAUAUUGAUUAAAUUCAUUGUUGUAGACACACGCACAUACACAUACGCAUAGGCACGCGGAUAGAGAGAAGAACAACAAAUUGUGACUGGCGCGCAAAUAGGCACACAAAUAGCAUUAACAAUUGAUAAAUAGCCUAGACGCUAAAUGAGUCAAUCGUGAAUUAAAAUCGGAUAUAGAAGGCUUAUUAAAUUUUCCUUCUUCAACUCGGGCUUACGUACAUCGUGUCAAAGCCACAAUGUCUUACUGCAGUGGUGUGGCCAUUUCCGCUGACGAGGGGAUUACAAUGCGCAAUGGCAGGGCAAAGGCGCUCCAGGAACACUCCCCGGAUCAGGUGGCUACUCCACUGUUGCCACAGGUGCCGCCACAGGAGCAACAAGAUCUUAAUCCACAGCAACAACAGCAGCAGCAGCAACAACAACAGGCCACUCCGCAAAAGCAGGCCAUGUCCGCAGACGAGAAGAAGGCCACCAAGAAGUCCCUGGUCAUCGUAGCGGGCAUUUUUGUGGCCAGCUUGGUCACCAUGUGCUAUGUGUACGCCAUAUUCCCCGAGCUCAACGCGUCGGAGAAACAACACUUGAAAAUUCCGCGUGAUAUCCAAGAUGCUAAGAUGCUAGCCAAGGUCCUUGAUCGCUACAAGGACAUGUACUACUUCGAAGUGAUGUUUGGCGUCGUGGUCGCCUACGUAUUGUAUCCUUUUACCAAAUCCAAAAGUACAAAUCCAAAGUACGAAAAAUGGCAUGAAAAGUCGGUCGCCGACUGAUUAGAUAAUAAAAGAGUUCUAUCGUUCGGCGGUGACCUUGACCCGAUUACCAAAAAUGAAGACCCCGCCACUACAAACUAUUCACGGUCAGUCGGGCGUUUGUGUGUGUUUCCACCUUAAUUAAUUCACGAUCACCGUUUGAAGCGCAUAGUGUGCAUAUUAAAUACGUGGGUAGCACGGGGAAGUGCGAGUGAGAUAGCUGUAGGAAGCAGGGGAGCCGCUGAGGUUGCCUUCUUGCUCUUACUUACUACUUGCACUCUCUGGGGUGGACCGUAUUUCUUUGGAUUUUCCUCACACGCUAGCAUUUCGUGUUACUAGAAUUCAAUGCAAACAAAAAAAUAAACCCACAAUGCUCAAAACUGGUUCUUCACUGUGCGUAUGAGUAAUAAAAUAACGUAUACGCAAUGUUAACUGUGUUGCUAUUAGUUUAUUUAGAAAAUGUUUUGCUAACCCAACUGGGUUUAAGAUAUUUUAAAAUGAUUAGUUUUUAUCGGUGCGUGUCAAGUUUAUCGUUUUAAUAAGGUCCACUCCAGUGCACGCAGCAUGUGCUACCUAAAAAUCGACUUUGGUCGUUUAUAUGACGCAUUCUUUGUAUUUGUUGCUGUUUUCGUCGCGAAAAUCAGCUGAGCUGGACAUUAUUUUGUUGUCGUCAGUGUUUUGAUUUUUUGUAUUUUGUUUAUUGCUCUUCUUCUUCCGCACUCAAGUGCGUUUUUAGCAGGAAUAAACAAAAAAAUAAAGAGGCAACCUAGAAGCGAAAUCAAAAGCUAAAGCACAUACGUAACUUUAUAGCCUUGCGCCAGUGUGUUAGUGAGCAUUUUUUAUUGGCCCGUGCAUUUGUUAUCGGGCAUUUGUUGAAUACGUGGUCCGAUGCCAGAUGGAACGAGACUGUGGGGGAUUCUCGGACGAUGGGGGUGUCAUUGUCAACUCUUUGCGUCUAUAAAUACCCGCCCACAGACGUUCGAGCACGCGUCCAACUAGUCGUACGAUCUGUCUUUAAUCCCAAGCACAGUGGUUCCAAGAAAGAACGUAUUUUGCUAGCCAAUGUGACAUGACAUGUUUUUAGCCAAAAAAUAAACAAAGAAUACUGGCAAUCUCCUAAAACAUCUCUCUAAUAGUUUCGCUAAUUUUGCCAUAUAAAACAUAUCAAUGUGGCAAUACGUCGAAUAGGUCAUUAAAUUUAGUUGCCACUGCAG